AUGAUUGUCAUGAGAUGUGUUUAUGCUGAAAAAUGUAUUGACGGAUUUUAUGGGAAGGGUUGCAAGAAACCAUGCCCUGAUUUGUGUGUAGCUUGCAAUAGAAGUGAAGUGUGCACACAAUAUGGUGUCAGUACGGACAAUGUAAUAACAGAAGAACGUUAUGUAACAAAAGAGGGUAGUUAUGCAUAUGAAAGUACCCAAGCAGGAAAGAAAAGACAAACAGAUGAAGUUACUACAGCAGAAGUAAAUAGUUCGACAGCAGACGAUGGCAUGACAGAAACAGAUCGGGCAGACUUGUCCUUUCUUAUUGUGAUUGCAAGCUGUGUCGCUGGUGCAGUUGUAGUCAUUGUGUUUAUACUCACCCUAUCUGUGAUUAUAAAGCGAAGGAGGACAACAAAGUUAAAAAGCAAGCAUUCCCAGCGUAAGCAGAUCAAUGGAAAUGAAAAUGUUAUCAUUAUUUUAGAUGCCCAUGAGGAACAAAAAGACCAAGGGAUGGCGCACCAAAUAUGUGAUGAGGCAUUAGACGCUGUUCCAAUUGAACUGAACAAUGAAAGAAACACAUAUUACAACACUGGGAUUAUUCGGAGGAAGAUAGCUGUUACCGAUUUACCGAUGUUCAUUCAAAAUAAAGCCGAUGUUCUGAAAGAUUUCCAGUUGUUACCACCUGACCUCAUCAAACCAUAUGCUGACUCUCAAAGAGGAGACAAUAUACACAGAAAUAGAUAUAGAAUGGUAUAUCCAUAUGAUUUCAACAGGGUGAAACUAAAUGGAAUGGAAAAUGACUACAUUAAUGCUAGUUAUAUAGAUGCAAGUAUAGCAAUUAGUCUUAUUUCAAAAUCUUCUGCAGGCGGUAGUAUAUGCGUGACAUAAUUACGACAAUCCACAUUGAUGUGAUCGCACGCUUACUCUAAAAUUUUAUCCGCAUUUCAUUUUUGUUUUGUUCAGUGGAACCUAGCAUUGAUAAAUCUUAAAGAGGUUAUUUGUUUGUUUCUUUCAAGAUGCAAUAUUUUCACGACUGACGUAAAAUAUUGUUUUCACGAGUGAAAGAUAAAUUUGAUCUCACAUGUAAAACAAAUAAGUUUUGUUUUAAUGAUUUAAU